GAAAAGGUUCAUUGAGACGGUCGCCGGCGGGCUGGAACUCCUAAGCAUGGUGCGGUCUCAGAGCUGGCUGGAGAAAUGGCUGUGGAACCUUCGAGUUCAGAUUCCGGUGUUCUCUGACGUUCGAGGUGGCUUCAAUUUCACGAUAUCAAAUGGGCUGUGUACCAACUUCGCGCUGGUGCAUGUUCACACCGGAGCAGUUUAUGGUGGCUUGAACAUCACAGCUUCCGGCUUGAGCAUCCAUUGCACCCUGCACUGGAAUGCACAGUCAACCAUGAUCAGUUCGGUGCACUUCGAUGGUGAUGUUGUGGCACAGGUGAAAGAUGGCGUACUGGGCGGACCCCUCACAAUUGUGGCAGACAGCCUUCAGCCCCCGCUGCCUACAGCCAUCAAAGCAAAAGACUGCGCUGGCAGCAUUAAGGUCGAGCUCGACUUCCCAGGUUCGGUGCUCGACUGGCUGAAGCCCUUGAUCCAGUCUGCCCUGAACAAACGCUUGACGGGCUUGAUUUGCACCGAGCUGGACACGGCCAUAAAUGGCAAAGGAUCCGAGGCGCUGCAGAAUGUCAGCCAUACCAUUCGAGAGAUGUUGAAGGACACCCCCACGCCUCCGCCCACUCCGGUCGUUCGCGAUCCCCAGAAGGAUCUGGUGGACCUGGGCAAAAAUUCCGGAGUAGAUGCCCGUCAGCAUAAGGUGGCAUUGCACGCCGCAUGCGCCAUGUCACGGGAGCAUGAGCUGGACGACUGCGUGCUGCAAACCAGUGGUGAACGGUCCCCAUCAUGCUCUCCAGCACACAGCUCUCCGGCGCUCUCCGGCAGGAUGAGGAGCGAGGCCAGUUUGGCGGAAAGGUUCGAGUCCUCCAAGUUAGAGUUGGGCAGAUCUGGCGACAAGACGAGGAAGUCGACCGUGUCAGGCAAGUUCGUGAAGGCCAAAACGGCCACUCUCAACGAUGGAUAUUUUGCUGACACAAGUAGCUUCUGCGGUGUUCUGAAGGGCAUUGCCGUUUACUGUUCCACCAGCCGGACAGUGGCCAAUCUUAUGGCAGCCAUAGUUUUAACGGAUGCUAUUUGCACUUGCAUCGACGUGGAUGCACGUGCUGCCACAGAAGAGCCUCCACCUGCAACGCAGCUUAUCGCGGACUUGUGCCUGCUGGUUUAUUCGCUCGAGACGAUCUGCCUUCUCACCGCGAAAGGAACGGAAGUUCUGCGGGACUGGAUGGUCAUAACCGAUCUUGUGGUCAUUGCAUGCGGGUAUCUCGAAACGAUUCUUCACCAUGCAGGGUACGGCCAGUUCUUGCAGCAGUUUGGCCUGUUUCGGAUGCUUCGACUCGUGCGGAUAUUGCGACUGACGAGGCUGUUGCGGAGGACGCGCGGAUUCCGCGAACUUCAGAAGUUAGUGCGGAUGAUGGCAACCUGCAUAAAAACAUUAGGUUGGUCGUUGGUCUUUCUGUUCAUCAUCAUGACGAUUUGGGCGCUCUUGAUAGUAGAGGUUGUCCACCCUCUUAUGAAGACGGACGAUUUGGCCUAUGCUUUUGAGACAGAAGGCUGUGGUGACAGGUGCUUCAGAGCUACAUCCACAGUCUUGCAUGCGAACUUGCUGCUGUUCAAAACGGUGAUUGCCGGUGACAGCUGGGGCGAAAUCGCCGUUCCGGUCAUAGAAGCAUUUCCCUUAACCGCCAUCAUCUUUGCCGGGUCCUUGUUGACACUCGUCUUCGGUGUUCUCAAUCUGAUUGUAGCUGUCGUGGUGGAUACUUUCGCCGAGGCUAGACAGCGGGAUGUUCUUAACUUGGCGGAGGAGAUGGAAUACAACCAUGCAGCAGACCAAAAAUUUUUGGAGAACAUUUUUCAGCGGAUCGACGCCGAUGGAAGUGGACAAGUGACCUUUGAGGAGCUACUGGAGGGGGCGCGUAAAGAUCCUGAAUUUCAGAGUCGCCUGCGGGUAAUGGACAUCGACGAGAGUGACCUGUUGCAGUUGUUCGAAAUGAUCGACGUAAACGGCGAGGGCGAGAUCGCUGCAGCCGAAUUCAUCGCUCCCUUGACCAGAUGGGUACACGACUCGAAGACGGCUCCCCGCUUCAUCAAGUACAACGUGCUUCGAUCACUUACUCAGCAGGAAGAACUCUACGAUUUGACCAAAACCUAUUUCGACAUCCUAGAUACUCGCAUCCAGGAGCUGUCGGAUUCCUUGGCGAGGGUCGCUCCUGGUCCUAUCGGAAUGCUGGCCCAGGCGGGCCUUAGUAGCAUCGGCCUCCAGUCGGUAGAGACGGAGGAAAUGGAGUGUGCAGAUGGGGGUGCAGAGCUUGCAGAAGCGCAGGAAGUGGAUGCUGAAGUGGAGCAGCCCCAUGCAUCAAAACCCGCUUUGUUGGGCAGUCAGUCAGAAGUCCGGGCUGGAGUUCGCCAAGGAUCAUCAGAAUUGCAGGAGGCGCUCAAGCUUGCGGUGGGCAGCUUGGAGGCCGUGGUGGAGACUGCCUUGAAGGACGGCAAAGCCGGCGCUCUGCAGCCAGCCAGGCCGCACAAGCGCAGCUCAAGGCGUGUUCCAACAUUUCCCGAGCUGGAGAACAACAUCUUCGAAAGAAACAGACGGGCAAGCCGAGCAGGCUCCAAGGAGGAAGCUUCUCCCGGUCCAUCCGCACCCGGUCCAUCCGGGUCGUCUCAAACUUCCAAAGCUCUCCCGGCGCCGGCGACGGCCCCGAAGUUCAAGUUCCAAAGGCGUCCCGUGGGCUUCUUCAACGCUCCAGGUGCCGGGCAACCAGCAGAGGCCAUCUCCGAGCGAUGGAGGCGAGUCUCUCAUUCAGAUGAUGGUGGCGACAGUUGCGACACGAGCACGUGGCGAAGGCAUGACCCUAUUGCCAGCAUCGAUGUUGGUGCGUUGCGAAAGCUUCACGCUUCGCGAGCUCCACCGACCGAGCCUUCGCCGAACGAGAGAAGACGUCGCCUGAGCAGCAACUGA